GCCCCCCUUUUGGAAUGGAUUUCUGGAGUUUGUUGCCAUUCAUCAAAAGAAACACUCUUCUUUUUCAGAAGUAGGUUUUCAGCUUAACCCUGGCUGAGAAAGACUGCUGUAAAUUAUCAGGGAAGAGACCCUCAGUGGCUCUGGGCAGAAGUUCAUACGCAGAUUUUUUUUUUUUCCUGGGAGGGGGAGGAACUGCAUCGCCACAAAGACUGUUGUCAUGGCUGCUCUGUUGACUUGAAAAAAACCUUGGAGAUUGAUAUUUUAUGUUCACCUGGGAAUGAAUCUUUUCUUUUUGGCUAUUUAAGAAUUCCUGCUGCUUUCCAAAUCAAAAUUCAUGAGGAUCCGCUGAAGAUCUUAUUCUUAAAAAUCCUUCGUCACAUUUUAACGCUGCACCGUCAGACACUUUUCCAGGCUCACAGAUGGGCUGAACAGGGAAGAAAAAACCCUAGCAUAGAAUAAUGGGUUUCAGAAAGUUCAUUUGAAAGAACAGAAUUUACCUCUGGCAUAGAUGCUGAGAGGGGGCAGGGGAAGGGGAGGUGAAAAAGCAAAGGUUGGAAGGAAAUGUCUGGGAAGGUAGAGAAAGGAAAUUUGAGAAUUGAUUGGCUCUAGUGUGCUGUCAGUGGGUGUAUGUGGUUUUUUUUUUUUCUUCUUCUUCUUUUUUUUUUUUUUGCUACAGGAAGUGAUUUGCAGUGCUCACCGAGCCUUUGUUGAGAAGGGUCUCCUCUCGGAGUGAGUCAUGCUUUUGCUGUGAGCAGCCCCAAGCAGCUGGGCGCGCAGCAGAGGAAACUAUGACUUUUGCAAAGCGAACGUACCGCCCUCAGCAGCCGAGUCCGGGGCCGGGGCUGCGCGGCCGCGGCCGUGCGGGGUGUUAGCGGUGGGAGGCCGGCGCCGCUGCUCGCGCCCCCCAGCCUGCUGUCCCGGCCGCUCCGUCCCGCCCCGGGGACCGCGGCUCGCCUGCUAUGCGCGGCAGCCUGCGCCGGGGCCGGCACCUGCAGCGCCCGGGCGGAUGCGGCGAGCCCACGGAGGGGUAUGCUUCCACGCACCAAGUACAACCGCUUCAGGAAUGACUCGGUGACAUCGGUCGAUGACCUUCUGCACAACCUGUCGGUGAGCGGCGGUGGCAAGGUCUCGGCGGCGCGCGCGGCCCCGGCGGCGGCCCCCUACCUGGUGUCCGGAGAAGCGCUGCGCAGGGCGCCCGACGAUGGGCCGGGCAGCCUGGGCCACCUGCUCCACAAGGUGUCCCACCUGAAACUCUCCAGCUCGGGCCUCCGCGGCCUGUCGGCGGCCAGGGAGCGGGCGGGCGCGCGGCUCUCGGGCAGCUGCAGCGCGCCCAGCCUGGCCGCCCCGGACGGCAGCGCGCCCCCCGGCCCCCGCGUCCCGGCCAUGCGCGCCGCCAGGAAGGGCCGACCCGGCGACGAGCCGCCGCCCCGUGCCCCGCACGCCAGCGACCAGGUGCUGGGGGCAGGAGUCACCUACGUCGUCAAGUAUCUGGGGUGCAUUGAAGUUCUUCGCUCAAUGAGGUCACUUGACUUCAGUACAAGGACGCAAAUUACCAGGGAAGCCAUCAGCCGGGUUUGUGAAGCUGUCCCUGGAUCCAAGGGAGCCUUCAGGAAGAGAAAGCCUCCGAGCAAAAUGUUGUCCAGCAUCUUGGGCAAGAGCAACCUCCAGUUUGCAGGCAUGAGCAUUUCCCUGACCAUUUCCACAGCCAGCCUGAACCUGCGGACGCCAGAUUCCAAACAGAUUAUAGCCAAUCAUCACAUGCAGUCCAUCUCCUUUGCCUCCGGGGGAGACCCGGACACAACAGACUACGUUGCGUACGUUGCUAAGGACCCUGUUAAUCGCAGAGCUUGUCACAUUCUGGAGUGUUGUGAUGGGCUGGCCCAGGAUGUCAUCGGCUCCAUCGGACAAGCCUUUGAGCUCCGGUUUAAGCAGUAUUUGCAGUGUCCUUCCAAGAUCGCUGCUCUUCAUGACCGAAUGCAGAGUCUAGAUGAGCCAUGGACUGAAGAGGAGAGUGAUGGCUCAGACCACCCGUAUUACAACAGUAUUCCAAGCAAGACACCUCCUCCAGGGGGGUUUGCCGAUGCUCGCCUGAAAGCCAGACCCCACGGUCCUGACACAGCCCAGUUUGCAGGAAAAGAGCAAACUUACUACCAGGGAAGACACUUAGGAGACCCGUUUGGUGAAGACUGGCAGCAAACACCUGUCAGGCAAGGUGAGAGGCAAGGAUCCUUGGACAUCUACAGCAUGCCUGAAGGGAAAUCACAUGUGGCUCCUACGGGAGAAGCCCCCACCUAUGUCAAUACCCAGCGAAUCCCCCAGCAGACGGGGCCUGCCACGGGCAGCAGUGCAGAGAGCAGUCCGCGGAAAGACCUCUUUGACAUGAAGCCUUUUGAAGAUGCUCUCAAGAUUCAGUCCUUGGGGCCUGUGUUGAGCAAGGCAGCCUCCAUGGAAUGCAUCAGCCCCGUCUCACCCAGAGCACCAGAUGCCAAGAUGCUGGAAGAACUGAAAGCAGAGCCUUGGUACCAAGGGGAGAUGAGUAGGAAGGAGGCGGAGGGGCUGCUAAAGAGAGACGGAGACUUCUUGGUCAGGAAGAGUGCCAGCAACCCGGGAUCCUUCGUCCUCACUGGCAUGCAUAACGGCCAGGCCAAACACUUGCUGCUCGUGGACCCAGAAGGCACGAUCCGGACAAAGGACAGGAUCUUUGACAGUAUCAGCCACCUCAUCAACCACCACCUGGAAAACAGCCUGCCCAUCGUCUCUGCCGGGAGCGAGCUCUGCCUGCAGCAGCCAGUGGAGAGGAACCCAUGACCCGCCAGCUGCCCUGUUCGACACUGCACCUGUGGUCAAGAGGGCUUGGUUCUUCCCAGUAGAUGGGUAUUGGGCCCCGGGAACCUGGGCAGCUGUCCAUUGGCUCAGAGCUUUGUUCAGAAGCCCUAGGAGGAAGGCUUCCCUAAGAUGCAAGUUUCAUAAACUUGUUCAGAAUUCUCAUUAGCAUAUUAAAGGUGUACAUACCUAUACAUCCUGUACAAAUUAUCCCUCUAUAUUUAUAUUUUUUAAGACUAAGAAAGAUGUAAGACUAAUGUUCUGUGCUGUAUGUUUUUAAUGAAAACUAAGUUUGACUGUAGUUGUCCAGGCAAAAUGUUAAUUCAGCUGACCCAUUCCACUGGGAAAUUCCACUGGGAAAGUGUUACCUAUUAAGCACAAUACAGGGAAUAGAAGCAGCAGGAGGGUCAGUACUAAACAUUUGGGAUGUAACAGAGUAAGACAAGAUGCUGCCCGUGCUCUGCAUGCAAAGCGCUCUGAAGUGCUGGUCCUUAGGGCCGUCCCUUCUCAUUGGUGACGCCUCCCAGGCUGCCUGCACCACACCCAUGUUCAUGGGGUUUCCAGCACCAGAGUUUGGGGUGCUGUGCUAAAAGCAGAUGUCACUCCAGUUCCAGCUGUUUCAGGUAGUGCUGAGCACAGGCAUGCUUUUCCCAUGACCCUGGUUGCCCAGGGGUUCUUGGGGUUUCACUUCACUGCCAAAUAGGGCCCAAAAUAAGCCUCACGGAUCAAGAUCUUGACAGGUAAAUGCUUCCUUUGUUUUUAUCAGUUUAAUGGCAAAACGAGGGUGUGUGCAGGGAUAUUGGGUAGCCGGGGAUGUGUACAUCCUCUCAGCCAAUGGGCUGCUGCCGUACCGGCUCGUGAAAUCCUGUCCCCUUUAUAUUCAGCAGAGGAGGAAGCAUGCAUUUGACCUGCGCAGAAUAUGGGUGCAAACACGUGUGCUCAGAGACGUUCCUUCGGUUGUGGAUGAUUAAGGUUUGCCUAAACCUACGGACCAGGCUCAGGAGCUUUGGGAAUCAGUUUGAAGUCCUGCUUCUGGACAGAUGGGUGGGUCUAGUGUCUGGUUUGUUUCCACGAUAGGUUUCCCAAUUGUUCCAUGAAGAGGGUACCUGCCCCAGGCAGCACUUUGUCCCAGCUCCUUCCUUCAGGGUCAAAUGCUCUGAUCUCCUACUGGGUCUUCUGGUUUUAGGAAAUUUGACAAUGUUUCUAAAUGUCUGGCUUGAGAUUUCCAUGCGAUUUAACAGCUGAUGACUUUUAAAAGAUAGAAAGAUUUAUUCAUUCAAUGGCACCUUCCCACUAGUGCCACGACAUUGGCUCUUGUCCAGUUAAAAUCCCCUCUUGGGCAGCACCCCCUUCAUCAGUGCAACAGAAAGACCCUCCACAUACACUUAGCCUUUAAUAGUAAUAAAUUUGAUGCUUCCAGAAUGAGGAGCAAAAAGUAGAUUUUUGAAAACGCUGACGAGCGCUAAUUCCACAAAGUUCUAAUACUGUGUGUGAACCCUAUUUCUACUUUGAGGGGGUAUGCUUGGCCAGGAUGGGAGAAUGGGGUAGAGCUGACAGUUGAGGAUGGGUUGGGGAAGGUCCAGAGCUUCAUAUUAGCAUUCUGUGGAAUUUUACCCCAUGAAUCCAAGCUGACAGUGGUUUCAAUCUUCUAGAAUGUUCUGCCGUGAAUGGGAACUUUGUGGGGAGUCUGACACUAAUCUAGAACCACUCCCUCUCCCCAACUCUGCCUCUUUCUGGACUGGUUCUGCUUUCAGGUGCAAUUGGGAUACCUGUUCCAGCUUAUCCAGAGGCAGUAGGGGCUGAGUGGGGAAGGGCUGAGUAGCUGGGUUGGGCUCCUCCCCUGUGACAAUGCAGAUUUAAGGUGGCUGUGAGAAUUGCCCCGCAUUCUUUAUGUAUACCUGCAUCCUGGAGAUGUCCAUAAAUGUCUGACCUCUGUGGGAGGCACGAUCCUUCUCUGUAUGCGAGUGUACACACAUAUUCAUGAAUCAAACGACUUCUUUCAACAGUCUUGCACUCUCCGCUGCUAAGGCCAAAACAUUCACAUUUAGGGCAAAGCGGAGAAGGAAACAAGAGCGAAGACCUGAGAGCCCCUGAACACUUGAUCUGUGUCUUCUUUUCUCUCCGGUGUGCAAGAAAUGCUAAUCUGCAGUUUUAGUAGCUCUCUGCUCUGAAGUUAGUGUUUAUCUCAGUGGUGAUAAGCAAUAUAUGUUUUUUUUGGUUUUGGGGUUUUUUGGCAUGAGAAUCAAUUUACAAAAUUAAAAGUAUGGGGGGAUCAAAUAUCGUUUCAAUGUUAAUUAAAAUAUGUAUUUUUAAGUUCAGAUUAUACCUUGUCUCCCAUGGGGCAGUGGGACAAACCGGCACCCCGGUAGCCACUGGAGCGGAUUUGAGACACAGCAAAUGGCAGUGAUUUUGUGGUCUUAGUUUUCUCCCCUUUGUAAAGCAUGUAAGAGCUCACCAGGCCAUCUCAUCUCUUCCUUCAAGCGCCACGUGCCGGGUAUCACGGAGCCUCACACACGGAUGGUGAAACUGAGGCUCGGGUGGUGCCCACUUGCUCAAGUUCACGCGGUUGGCGGCAGCGAGCUGUUUUCCCGCUCCUUUAGGCGCUUCCUGAGCUCCGCGCUGCAGCUCCGCUGCUUUUCGGAGGCAAACUCCCGCCAGCGCAACCAUGCGCUCCUGGGCCUCCGACUCCCAGGGCGUGGUCACUGCGCGCUGUGAGGGCCAUCCUGGGCCCCUGGAGUGUACUAGGACCGGCUGUCCCUCUUGUGGGCCCUCCUGCCACUUUACCCAGGCCCCUGUGUCUGCUGGGAGGACCUGGCGAGUCCUAAAAUGGCCCCUCUUGCUAAGUGGCCCUGGAGACGGCUCCUCCCUCCCCCAUCAUCUUGUGGGAAUUAGCUGUGCCUUCUAGCGAUUCCCACCUGCUGAGAGUCUGCAGGGCUUCCUGUGGGGCUGCUGGUCACUGGUUUCAGCCAGCUUUGAGGCCUGACUCCUAAGGAUACUCUGAAGGCUCACAGUAGAAGCAGGGGGAGAAUUCCCUGGGGGUCCGUGUGUGAAGGGAAGGGCCUAGUUUCAGGCUGGGAGGGUGGAUGGAGCAGCGCUUGGUGAGGCCCCAUCCCCACAGAGCCCUGUGCUCCAGGACAGUCUUGACUCCUGGCUCCAUGUCCAGCCCCAUGUCCUGAAGUGCCCCCUUCCUGUAGUGCAGCUCUCCUUUCAGGGAGCACUGAAGCAUUAUGUAAGAAAUGCUUACGUAAUGGAACGAAUAUCCUGGUCCUUAAUUCCCCGAAUCGGUCACCCCCUGAAGGCCAGUCACAGGAUCCCAGGCUCCCUGGGCAGCCCACCUCAGCUCCUGCAUGGAGAGCCACGUGCCCUUGAGCUGGCUGCUGGGUUUCUCUGAGCUCUGCCUCGCCACCUGCACCACAGGGCUGCACCUGACCUUGAGAGGGUGUGGGGGUGAUGACUGUGUGUGAGCACCAAGGACAGUUGUUUUCUGGGAUGUUUCACUCUCAAAGUGUACAUCUGUGCUCUAUUGCUGUCCAAGUACAUAUGGACAGCAGCCAUAAAUACUUUUAUGUGAAUGGCAGUGUGCAUGCGUGCCAAGUCGCUUCAGUCGUGUCUGACUCUGGGGGAUCCCAUGGACUGUAGCCUGCCAUGUUCC